AUGUUCGAAGAGCAGCGGAAACGUCCCACUUCACAGAAUAUUGCAACCAAAGAGAAACCAAAAGAAAUACACACUCGGAAAUCCGAUGUACUAGAAAUAGCUGUAACAGCGACGUCUAAGGCCAAUAGAUUAUAUCAGGACGCUAAGUUGCAGCUAGAGCAGUCUGGAAACUUAAAGACUUCCAUAAAAGAGACGGUGGUAAAUAACCUUUCUGAACUUUUUGGAAUCGUAUUACAGUUAAACGAAGAAAGGCAGACUCUACUCCUACAAUUGGAGAAAGCUCGUAUACAACUUAAAGACGAUCUACUUAGGCAAGAAAAACAGUAUGUAGAGAGCCUUAGAGCACUAAUGGAUCAGGGUAGUAUAAGAGAUAUUCAGUCUGCUCUCACCGAAACAGUGAGUGAUAUGAGAACCCUAACGGACUCAUUGAAGCACACGAUGGGCAAUGACACCUUAUUGGAUAAACAUACUUUUAUGGGCAAAUCGGAGGAUACCAGAAGGGAACUGAUGGAAAUAAAAGAAGAAUUAUCAUCCCUAAAAGACCAAAUGGGUGGACUUCGAGAGUCUUUGGUUAUAAGCGAAACAAAUGAACCCACAUAUGCCAGCAUAGCUGGUCGACCUAAGGCCAAAAUAAACAAAGUUAUCAAUCAGUUGACCACAUGUAUCUCUAACGCGGUAAACGAGGGAAAAAGCGUCACAGCUGUUAACAAACGCCUUAUAAAUCUGGCAGCUGAAGAAAUCCGAAGAGCCUCAAACAGCCUUUCCACUGUACUAUCAGCGAAAGCUUCACAUGUCGAGGAACAGUCUUUGAAAAAUGAUAUUUUAACCAGCGUUAGAGAGGAAAUCAAAAAGCUUAAAGAAGUGCUAACUCCCACUUCCAAUGCGCCUGGCCCUACAUACGCGGAAGUGGCAUCUAUUGCCCCAAAAAAACCAGCAAUUGUUAUCAAAUCUACAAACCCUACAGCAAAAUCUUCCGACAUUCUCGCUACCUGGAAAAAGAACAUUUCAUUUAAGAAAGAAAAAUAUGCACCUGUUAAAAUGCAAACAAUAUCAAAUGGGAAAAUUCGCGUAGAGUUUGAAAACUACAAGCAAUGCGGGGAAGCCAUUACCAAUACUAAUCAGGUAGAAGGGUUACAAGCCGAAGAGUCCAAAAAUAGAAGUCCUCUCAUUAUUCUUAAAGGAAUUACAAAAGAAACGGCAAAAGAAGAACUAAUUGAAAUUAUUUCCUACCAAAAUUCGAUCCCUGAGGACGCAUUACGUCUUUGUUUCCUUACUUCAAAUAAGAAUAACGCUUUAUACAAUGCAGUUUUGGAAGUGACACCUAAAUACUACACAACUAUUACCACAUACGGACGAGUAGCCAUUAAUCAUCAACGAGUGUUUGUCGGGCCUUUCUCGAGAUUUGUUCAAUGCCAUCUGUGUUUACAAUUUGGACAUACAAAAACGAAAUGUGCCAUAACAAUUCACCCAUGCGCGUUUUGUGCCUCAGAAGACCACAAUAUUAUGGACUGCCCAAACAGAACCUCUGACGAAAAACGAAAGUGCUACAACUGCCACAAACAUAAUUUGAAGACCAACGCCAAUGCCGACAUUAGACAUAAUGCAACAAAUGUAAAACUGUGCCCUAGAAUCAUCUCUAUUAAAAAGAAAUUAGAGGAAUCUACUGAUUAUGGACUUACAAACUAA